AUGUCUUAUUUCGGCUCGGUGAUGAGAAAGAAAUGCAAAGGAGGGCGGUUUGAAGAGCUGGUGACUGAGGAACUCAAUAACUGUUCUAAAGUGGAAGGCAAUCUUGAAUUCAUAAAUAUGGCUGAAGUUCCACUAUCUAUGAAUUUGCUCGCUAGUGUUCAAAAAAUAAAAGGAGCCCUUCGGAUUGAAAACUCUCCGGCUUUCACUACAUUCCCAUAUCUAUCAAAAUUGCGAAGAAUAGAGAACGCUGGUGAAGGUGACUUCGAUGAUAUCGGCAUUUCCAUCGUUCAUAGGCCAGCACUAACAGUGGAAAAUAAUGAGAACCUUGAAGAUAUUGAUUUUCCAUCCUUGAAGUAUUUGAAAUCGAAAAAUCCACCAUGGAUUGUUAUAAGAAACAAUCCCGUACUUGUGUUGAGUGGACGGUUCGGGGAGAAGUUGCGUGACCUCAAACAGAAACACAAACAAUUGGUUGUUUUGGACGACGCCUCGAGCAUCUUGGAAAAUGCAACGUAUAUAAUGGAUGGAAAUAUCACAGCAGGCGAGAAGAUAGAAAAGGUGCUAAAACGAUACGAGAAUAUCAUCAAAGAAAACAUGAUUCAAGUAGCUGAAAAUGGAUCACUUUCACUUGUGUUGGGAGACACUCCACGGGCAUCCAAAAGCCAACGAUUGAUAUCUGAGCGGAUACAAAAAAUGUUAGUAAUGAAGCAUGUAGUGCUCAUCGGAACAGAAGAUGAUCCAUCAUGUGUGCUCCCCAAAAUACCAACUACACCUGGCAAGGAUAGAACGUAUGAAUACGAUACGACCAAAAUGACACUUCGCUUCAAAAACUCGAUGGAAGUCAGCAACAACUCCCGUCGUUUUGAGUACGAUGCGGAGUUCACGAGUGAGAAUAAAACAAGGCUAUUCAAACUGGAGUUUGUAUACUUCGUUUGGGGCAGCCUAGAUUUGAAUGUCAAUGUGGAAGAACUGUUACGACUGCUGCAAUUUUGUAAGAUUCCCGGUCACUCCCUGUGUGUCAGCAAUCGCCACAAAGAGGUAUUUUCGUUGCUGAAUCUUUUCUACAGUUUUGUCGUUCGAGCAGAAACUCCAAUACAAUUGACCGAUGUGUUCAAAAUUCACAAUGCAAAAUGUAACGGUUGUAUGCUAGACAGACACGAGAUGAUAUUCUCCAUGAAAUUUUUGCUGGUUUGGGGUAUCCAGUCUGGAGCUCUUCCGAAAUUACAUCAGGCUGCCAACUCCUGGCUUGACACAUACGAUGGAAUGGCAGCGUUUCAGAAAAUUCAUCCCAACGUAGUGAGCUUCCAUCCAUUCUUCAUUCCUGAUCUUUUCCCAGAGGAUAUGGAGGAAAUCGUAAAAGGCGGUGGUUGCGAUCCUCCAAAGUUCUCUGAU